AUGCACGUAGAGUUGGACGGCAACGGUGGUGGCGGCCCGUCACCGUGGGCCGCGGCCGCAGUGCUCGGCCACCACCAUCAUCACCAUGGCGGCGUCGAUCACCACCACCGUCACCACCACCACUCCCACCCCCAUAUACACCCUGCCGCGGCGGCCGCCGCUGCCGCCGCCGCAGCAGCCGCCGCAGCCGCCAACAGUUUUCACCCUCAUUCCGCCCACGCGCCGAUGGACCUGCACGUGCCGCAACCGUUCCCGUACUACAGGUACAGGGAUGAAUCGAUGUGUUGGCCCGAGAGGAAACCGUUGUCCGAUGAUGGCCAUUCGCCGUCUGUGAAUGCCAGAAUACUGGAGUUAAGAAAAGAAAAAAGUAGAGACGCAGCUCGGUCACGAAGGGGCAAAGAGAACUACGAGUUCUACGAACUGGCCAAAAUGCUGCCACUGCCAGCAGCUAUUACUUCACAAUUAGAUAAAGCAUCCAUUAUACGUUUGACCAUAUCAUACCUAAAACUGAGAGAUUUCUCGGGUCAUGGUGACCCACCAUGGACAAGGGAUGGACCGCCGUCCACGUCCAAAAAUCUUAAAGGAACCUCGGCUCGAAAUAGAUCUCCAAGUACCAUAGCCAUGGAAUUGUUUGAGCAGCACCAAGGCACACACAUACUUCAAUCGUUGGACGGUUUUGCAUUUGCGUUAGCUGCUGACGGACGAUUUCUAUACAUAUCAGAAACCGUAUCCAUCUAUUUAGGACUUUCUCAAGUAGAGAUGACCGGUAGUAGUGUGUUCGACUACAUUCACCAGGCCGACCAUUCCGAACUAGCCGAGCAACUAGGUCUGGGACUGACUCAGGGCCAGGGCAUGGCAUCACCGUCGCCCAGCAGCGCCGGCUCCGAAGAAGGAAGUUCCAACGUGGGCACGGCGAAUCCCGACGUUUCAUCUGUGAUGUCGCUGUCCAGCACAAAUGCUUAUAAAGGCUUGGACAGAGCGUUUUGCAUUAGAAUGAAGUCUACAUUAACUAAACGUGGUUGCCAUUUCAAAUCCUCCGGAUAUAGGGUGGUGCUAUUGAUUUGCAGACUGAGGCCACAAUACACGUUUUCGCAUAAUCGAAAAUGCGCACCACCGCUCUUGGGAGCUGUGUCACUGGCCAUCGCUCUACCGCCGCCCAGUGUGCACGAAAUCCGACUGGAAACCGAUAUGUUCGUCACUAGACUAUUCUUCGACUUUCGAAUAGCUCAUUGCGAACCAAGGGUGGCGGAGAUAUUAGAUUAUACGGCUGACGAACUGACCGGCAUGAACAUGUACACCCUAUGUCACGGCGAAGACGUGGGGAAACUCCGAAAAUGUCACCUAGACCUUAUCAACAAAGGACAAAUGAUGACGCACUACUAUAGAGUGAUGAACAAAAAUGGCGGUUACACUUGGAUGCAGACGUGCGGUACGGUCGUGUGUAACUCGAAAAACGCCGAAGAACAGAACAUCAUUUGUGUCAACUACGUGGUCAGUGCCACGGAAUACGACAAUUUGAUAAUGGAUUGUUGCCAAAUGGAAGAACACAUUAGGCAGAGGGCGGUGAAAAGAGAAGAAACGGGUGGCAACGACCCGGAAAACGGUUCUCCCGAUGGCGACGGAGGAGAUGGACGAGGAGGAAACCCUAGAAGAGAUCACUUGACGCCAGCUGACUUAGAUGAUGGACAGUCAGCAGAUGGGAACGGUGAUCCGACAAGAGGCAGAAACCACGUGGAUAUUACUCAACUGAACAAUACGACAAACGAACGCCUACAAUUAAACAACAACAACAACAACAACAACAACAACGGCAGCAGCGUCAACGGCAACAACAUAGUUGGGACGCAGCCGAAGAAAUCGGGAAGCAAUAAGCGGAAAGCGCACAAACGGAAGAUAGCGGAACUACUUCCCGCGCGGGACGAGAACAGCUGCUGCAGUAGUUCGGAAGAGGACGCGGUGAGCCGGAAGCAACAUUUCGCCAGCCUCAGUCCUGCGUCCACGUCAUGUCAGUCCACGUUGCCGCCGAGUCCGCCGAAAACCGGUGGCGACAAGAGGCCCGCGACCGACCCGAACGCGGUCAAGGAACUCGAGCACGCCAUGUCCAAGCAUCUGCCACCGGCCGCGGACAAGACGUCGGCGACGGCCACCGCCGCAACGCAUCAACCGACAGACUUCAGCACGGACGCGCUGCUCAAACAGCAACAGCAAAAAAGCACGAUACAGUGGAUCGGCGCGCACCACUUGGGUGGCCAUCACGCGCAUCACCCGCAUCACCCGCAGCAGCAACAACAGCAGCAACAGCACCAGCAGCAACAGCAGCAGCACGUUCAGCUCCAGCACCACCAUCAUCCCAGUGGGCCGCCCCAUCACCAUCACCAACUUCAUCAUCAACAGUCGCAUCACCAACAAUCGACGGGCGGACCGCCGGCCACGUUGCCGGCGUCCGCGCUGCUCCGGCAGAUCUACGCGAACCGCGAGUCCGUCAUUCGGGCCAACGUGCACGCGCCCAGAUCACCAGGCGGCGGGUCCGGCAUCGGCGGCACGGCCGCUUAUUACGCGGGCGACAUGAGCACGUUGCCAACGCCGCCGGGCAGCGAGGGUGGCUACAGCGAACAGCAGUUCGGGCCGCUGCAGAAGAACGAAUUCGGUGGCGGUCUGGCGGUGCCGCCGCCGUACGGCUACGCGGAGUACCACACGGCCAUGACGCCGCCGUCAUCUGUGUCGCCGCGCGACAAGCACCAGCACCAGCAACAGCAUCAGAACCAGCAACAGCAACAGCAGCAACAGCAACAGCAGCAGCCGUACGACCUGUACGGAUCGCAGCCGCCACCGGCACCGGCGUCGCUGGCACCGCCGACGGCCGCGGACGCGCUGCUGAUGCGACAACAGCACCAGUACGGUCAUCAUGCCGAGGUGACGUCGUCCGCCGCGCCGCCCUCGCUGCCGCUGAAACCGCAACCGUACAACCCCGCGCCGCCGCCGCCGACCGUGACGCUUGACCACUACGACCAGUCGUCCGCGGCCGCCGCGGCCGCCGCAGCAGCGUUCUAUCACUCGGCCGCCGGUUUCCAUCUGUACCAUCCGUCCGCGGCCGCCAAGUCGACCAUGGCCACCGGGCCGCCACCGCCGCCAACGCCGUCAUCGGUGUACGCCGCCGAAUCGUUGAAGAACCAUCAUCACAACUGGUAUUCCACGCCCACUUGAGCGUCGGUUGGAAAUUAAUAUCGCGAUGUUUUACCGUCGCAACUGUACUGUCUAAUAUUUUUGUAACAUUAUUUUCAUUUUCAUUUUUUUUUUUUUUUACAAUUUUUACUUAUUUUUAUCGUUGUAAUUUUAUACAACAAAAUGUGCUGCGCGCGAACGGCACGUGCGGUUUUCGUUUUCCGCUGCUGCCGCUGUAUAUUUCGUUUGAGACUGUAAUAUUGUCGUUAUUCUGAUUUUAGACUCGCUGUAAUAAUAUAUUAUUAUUAUUAUUAUUAUUAUUAUUAUUAUUAUUAUUA